AUGGAUCUCAACGCAGCCACGCAACCGCAUGCCUCGGAUGUCGGACCUUUCCAUCGAAUAUCGCCUGCUCGCGUGGCCAAUGGUAUUCGUAAGACCAUUACCUUCAUCACCGAGCCUCUGUCACCAGCACGCAGCGAAUGGGACUUGGAGUCCGCCCCAUCUACUCCAGGCCUCGAAAAGUUUCGAAGAUGGAGCACCAUCCGGAAAAGCACAGACGCGUCAAACGUUUCUGCCACCCGCCCGGCCACGCCUGAGGAGCCCAGGAGCUUUAUGACCCUGCCUGCAGAAAUACAAAUCGUCAUCCUGCAACACCUGGACUUCGGAGACAUCGAGCGCUUGCGCCGCUCAUGCAAAUACUGGUACAACUUUGCCACACCCCGCCUGGUUCGGAGCAUAUGGGGGCCCGAUACCUUCCGCGCCAUCCUCAUCCGCCACUGCCGAGUAUGCCUCACCUACUGCCCUCGAGAUGUCACUCGGCUCAUCACGACUCCCUUCGAUGCUGGGUACCCUCUGUCGUCGCGGUGCGUCAAGUGCACCGUACAGAGCCGCGACGGUACGGUUAGGAUUGGCAGGAAGACGACCUUGGGCAAUUUUACCGACUACUGGACUUGUCGGUGGUGUGGAUGGCCCAUCACAAACGACAGCUCUACCGGACACCCGCAGUUCCACAAGAGGUGCUACGAUCGUUACGCCAUCGUGCUGCUCGCCUUCUUCUUGCUUGGUUGGGUCCAGUUCUUUCUCGGCAUAGCGGGCUCGGGUCUUUGCUGGCACUACUUUAGAGGGGACAAGCUGGUGCUCGCCCCUACCAUCGUCGGAUUCCUCCUCAUGUGGUUCUGCAUCGUCCUGAUCAUGUUCCGGGGCAACAAGGUCAGGACCUAUCAUGUAGCGUUAUUCCUCGAGGUUGCCAUCGUAGGACUAUGGAUUGCUCCCGUCUACUCAAUCUCCAACAGGCUUGGGGAUGGAGCCCCAACAAAGUCAGCGAUAGCCACCUUGGUCUUGAUUGGUGUAAAUAUGCUGUUCAGGGUCUUGAACAUUGUCGGAAAUGUCGUCCUAAUAAGCGAGUACGACCGAACCAGACACUAUGUCCCGCGAAUACCAAUCUGGAGGAGGUUUAUGAACCCGGUAUUGACAGCUUUGAUUUUCUGGACGUACCCUCAACACGCCGAGCGCAAGUUUCCGCCCGACUAUAGAUGA